UCAGCCAAUUCAUCGCCAGAAACAGAGAUCAGUUCAUAUAUAGGAAUCUGAGGAGGAGGAGGAAGAAGAAGCCAAGCCGUCUCCAUCUCCGUUAUGGGGUGGUUGACAUAUGCGCGCACAAAUUCCUAACCCCACCCCCCAAUCUCUCUCUCCAACACGCCUCCGUCUCCAGUCCACCCAAUACCCUCCCACCGCAGACCCACCUCCUUCUCACCCAUGCGACGGCCCGGAGCCACCGCGGGCGCGGCGGAUCUCGCGACGGCGAACCUCCGAUCGUCGUUGGAGGUCAGGUACCGAGGCGUGCGGAAGCGCCCGUGGGGCAAGUUCGCCGCGGAGAUCCGGGACCCGGUGAAGAAGUGCCGGAUCUGGCUGGGCACCUUCGCCACGGCCGAGGACGCGGCGCGGGCCUACGACGCGGCGGCCCGCAGGAUCUACGGCGCCAAGGCGAGGACGAACUUCGCCGCGGAUCCCCAGUCCGUCGGGUCCCAGGCCACGGGCCUCGACCAGGCUCACAAUCGGCUCGACCGCGAGGUCACCAGCGACGGAUUCGACGUCAAUCGGCCCGCGAGCAGCAGCUUGAGCAGCACCGUGGAGUCGUCCUGCGGACCUAGGGUUUCGAAUCGGGUCCCCGUGGCUGUCGACCGGAGACCGGUCCGGCCGAUCCCGGGCGAUGAUUGCCACAGCGACUGCGGCUCUUCCUCGUCCGUGGUCGAUGAGGCGGAGGAUUGUAGCACGACGGCGCCGUUUAGUCGUCGGGUCUUGCCGUUCGACCUCAAUCUUCCACCGCAGAUGGACUGCGAUCUCAACGGUGAUGAUUUGACGGCCACUGCACUGUGCCUGUGAUAGGUUUAUUGGCUUUUGGGAGUUUGUGUUUAUCUUCAUCUUCUUGGCCUUAACUGGUUAUCUUCUUCCACUCGCAUGCUAUUGAAAAGGAAUUGGAAAAAUUUGGCAACUUGGAUUUUUGCCGAGUGAGAUUACUCAUUGCGGGCUGCUGCUACAUGAUCUGACAAAUGAGCUGCAACAAUUGUAUGUAUGAAUUUGAAGAUUGAAGUUGGAUCAUGUGAAUAUCAAUGU